AUGGCUUGGUGUGAUAGUGGUCAUGUCGUAGUUUUGACAGAAACAAGACAGAAAGCAGAUGACAGGGAUGCUCAGUCCCAUUCUUCCUACCCAGAGCUCUGUGAGUGCUUGGCGACUGCAUUUGUGAGUGAGGAGCCUUUGGAAUUUGGUGCAAGUGGCAGCAGUGUCUUCUCCCUCUCCACUAUUGCGUGGCAGCUCUCUAGAGCGUUAGGAAACUGUUCAAUUGGUUAUCCUUUUGAUAACCAUGGUUAUGAUUUGUAUGUGAAUUUUCCAAUUGUAUUUCAGACCUUAAGAAAGAAAGGCCUUAAUGGUUGUGAGAGCCCUGAUGCUGACGAUUACUUUGAGCACAGUCCACUAUCGGAGGACAGAUUCAGCAAACUAAAUGAAGAUAGUGAUUUUAUUUUCAAGCGAGGCCCUCCUGGCUUGCCUGCUCAGAACUUCUCGAUGUCGGUUACAGUUCCAGUGUCCAAUCCCAACACUUUAACCUACAGUAACCCAGGGAGUUCCCUCGUAUCCCCAUCACUGGCAGCCAGUUCGUCGUUAACGGACACGACCAUGCUCUCCCCACCUCAGACCACCCUGCAUCGGAACGUAUCACCUGGGGCCCCUCAGAGACCACCGAGUACUGGCAAUGCAGGUGGGAUGCUGGGGACAACUGACCUCGCAGUGCCAAAUGGAGCUGGUACCAGUCCAGUUGGAAAUGGGUUUGUGAAUUCUCGAGCUUCACCAAGUCUACUUGGAACUACUGGUGGUGGGAACGGCUUAGGCAAAGUCAUGCCUACAAAGUCUCCACCUCCACCUGGAGGAGGUAAUCUUGGAAUGAACAAUCGCAAACCGGACCUCCGUGUUGUCAUCCCACCCUCCAGCAAGGGUAUGAUGCCACCAUUGUCGGAGGAGGAUGAAUUGGAGUUGAAUACCCAAAGGAUAAGUAGUUCUCAGUCUACACAGCCUCUUGCUACCCCUGUGGUGUCUGUGACAACUCCAAGCUUGCCUCCGCAGGGACUGGUGUAUUCGGCCAUGCCUACUGCCUACAACACUGAUUACUCCUUGACUAGUGCAGACCUGUCUGCCUUGCAGGGAUUUAACUCCCCGGGAAUGCUGUCCUUAGGGCAGGUGUCUGCCUGGCAGCAGCACCAUCUCGGUCCGGCAGCCCUCAGCUCUCUUGUUACUGGCAGCCAGCUAUCUCAGGGUUCAAAUUUAUCCAUUAAUACCAACCAAAACAUCAACAUAAAAUCUGAACCAAUUUCACCUCCCCGGGACCGCGUAACUCCCUCUGGGUUCCCGCAACAGCAGCCGCAACCGCAGCAGCAGCAGCAGCAGCAGUCGCGUCAGGAAAUGGGUCGCUCUCCCGUUGACAGUCUCAGCAGCUCCAGCAGCUCCUACGACGGCAGCGAUCGGGAAGACCCAAGGAGUGAUUUCCAUUCGCCUGUCGUGCUGGGAAGGCCACCGAAUUCAGAAGACAGGGAGAGUCCAUCGGUAAAACGAAUGAGGAUGGACACGUGGGUGACAUAAACUCGCAGUGUUGCCUCUUCAGUUUUGUGUUCUCAAAAAGAACUGUCCUGACAUAUCUAAAUUUAUAAAUAAGGACAUGAAAUAAGUAUAUUUAUAUGUAUAUACAUACGUGCAUAUAUAUAUCUUCACAUGCAUAUAUAUGUGCUAGUGUGUGUAGCAUACACAAAAUCAUCAGGCACUUAAGACAAACUUCUUGUAUAGCUGCAGAUGUCCCAUGGUAAAACGUAACGGAACAAUCCUAUAGGUAUUGAUCUAGUCUGGCACUUACCUGGACUUGUUGUUUUAAUAAUAUAACCUGUUUUGCAAAGGAUCAUUGUACCCGCAUUAUAAUCCUACCACACUAGAUUGCCGAAACCGAGAGGGCUCGCCUGUAGUAACGUCCCUGUGUGUUUUAUUCAAGCUGUAUGGUUACUUGUAGUUAAGAAAUAAUGCUUUGUAGCAGCAGAGCAGUAGAAAAGCAGGAAGAAGAAAGCAAUACUGUACAUAAAAUGACCUUUAUAUUACCCAACCUGGCAUGGGUCUCUAUUGCAGAGGGUGCAUGGAGAAGGGCUGAUGCUAUAAGAAAUAGUAAUUAAAAAAAAA